AUGCUGAAGCCGCUGACACAGCGUUUAGGUGGCUAUGUAUGCAGGACCUGCCGAGCUUCGCUACUCGUCCCCAAACGACGACACUAUGCCUCCUCUGCCACUCCGGAGAUCUACGAUGUGGUCACAGUCGGCGGUGGUCCUGUGGGACUUGCACUUCUCGCUGCUUUGAAAGCGUCACCGAAGACCAAGCACCUGAGAACAGCACUCAUCGAGUUUCAAGACUUGGCAAAGCAGCAAUCAUGGAGCAUGGCCUCAGAUCAUUUCUCGAAUCGCGCCAGUAGUCUAACGCCAGCAUCAGUGGAGUUUCUAGAACAGUCCGGCACUUGGAGUCACAUCGAGCAGGAACGAAUUCAGCCGUACAAUGCGAUGCAAGUAUGGGAUGCUAGCAAUGAUGCAGUCAUGCGAUUCGACUGGAGAGCCGAAGCUCAACGCUACAACGCUCCACCAAGGGUUGUUGCUACGAUGACUGAGAACGCCAACUUGACGCGUGCGCUACUGAACAGGAUCCACGAACUGAAUGCAGGGGACUCCUUGAUGGUCAACACGAAAGUCGGAUCCGUUGAGAUGGGAGAAAACGAGCCAGAUGGGGCGGAUCUUUCGAGCUGGCCUACACUGUCUCUGGAGCCUAGCGCGCCCAAAAUCGCCGCAAGACUUCUCGUCGGUGCAGAUGGCUUCAAUUCGCCGGUACGCGCUUUUGCAGGCAUCAGCUCCCAUGGCUGGGACUACCACCGUCACGGAGUUGUGGCAACUCUCAAGGUUGCUAACCCAAUGCUACUGGAAGAGUCUGGAACCUCAGUUGCCUACCAGCGGUUUCUGCCCCAAUUGGGUGGCCCAAUUGCGAUCCUGCCACUCCCGAAUGGUCACGCCUCUCUGGUCUGGUCCACAACGCCAGCAAAUGCUUCAUUCCUCAAGUCCAUCGAGCCCGCAGCCUUCGUCGCUAUGGUCAAUGCUGCGGUCCGAUGCAGCGAGACCGAUCUCGUGUACAUGACUGGCCUCGGAACACAGUCCACGCAACAAAUUGUAUCAGAAUAUAACUGGCGAAAUGAACAUACUAAGCCAACGGACACAGAGACGCUGGUGCCAGAAGUCCUAGAAGUGCAAGAGAACUCGGUCGCAUCCUUCCCUCUCCGGUUCCGCCAAGCCACGACACUGACUGGUCCUCGAAUCGCCCUCGUUGGCGACGCAGCACAUACAAUUCAUCCCCUUGCUGGUCAGGGCCUCAACCUUGGUUUAGCCGAUGCACGGUGGCUGGCUGAGACUAUUGCGUACGCGGUCGAGCACGGCAUGGAUCUCGGAGACAGUUUCGCAUUAGAACGAUACAGCUCGGAUCGGUUUGGUAAGGGACUUCUCAUGGGUGGCAGCGUCGAUGCUCUCAACUGGAUCUACCAGCUCGGGUCCGGAGACGGCAUGCUCUCCAGUCUGUUCAGCAACGCCCGUGGCCUCGGCAUGAAGGCUUUCAGCAGCAAUAUCGCCGAGCAGACUGGCCUCAAAGGGGCGAUCAUGCGGGUGGCGGAGGGUGCUUGA